CUUUACACUUGGGACGACUGGAGAGCGAAAAUGCACCGAGUGGGGGCGCCAUGCUAAUUCCAAUGACGCGCUAUCUAGUUAGGAAGGCUAGUUAAGCUACAUUUAAUUCCUCUAAAGUCGUGUCUAGAUAUGAUUUAAAACACAUCAGAGGCCACACAGGCUCAGUUUGUUUAAUCCUGUUGCUGUGAAACAAAGGCCAGCAGCGAGACGUCGACACACCUGUGUGAACAUCUUUUUUGUCCUUAACUUUGAACUCGAUGGGCCAAACGAACAACAGACGUCAUUCAUGUUGGUCUCCAAGCGGAUUGUAUGUAGGCGGGGACAAGGAGACAACCUUUUUUAUUGUUUUUUUUUUUUUUUUGUAAGACUUUGACUCGCUUGAGGGACAAGCUCAAACAUGGCGGAAGCUUUAAACUUUCUGAUUAGCAACUCCUGCUUCAGCGGAUUACUGGACAAGCUGCAGAAAUGGCAACUAGAGUAUCAUGUCAUUUCCUGUGACGAGAACAUGAACAGGUGCUGUGAGAUGAUAGAAUUCACGGCAAAAAUCCAAGCACAGCUCUUCGCCAUCCUUAAUUCUGUAGCUGCUGAAGGCAAACACACAGAUGGAGUGUCUGCGAUCAAAACACGCUUGCUGCCGUGCCUUGGAACUUGCUUCUCAACGUCAAGGCCACCUAUCACCAGCAGUGAUGCCAGUUUCAGUCUCAUGCAGGAUUUGGCAGAAAAGGAGCGUAAGAUCACGGAGCUGACCAGCUGCAACAAGAAUGACAUGCAGUGGAUGGAGUCGCAGCUGUGCUCCACUCGGCUGCAGCUGGACUCGGUAAAAGCAGAGCUGGAUGACGCUCACAGGGACCUGGACAAGACAAAGAGCAAAACAGUGACCACCCUGCUGGCCACUGAGGAUGAACUACGCACACUGAAAGACGAUUUGAGGUCAGCACACUUACAGAUAGAGCUUUAUAAGAAGAAGCUGGAUUCCUAUCACGAUUACGAUCGGCAGGUGUCCAUGUUGAGGGACGAGGUGUCCUAUCUAAGCGCUGACAGGCUGGCGAGAAGCAGCUCUUUGAGUCCGCUGGCGAGAAGCAGUACGAUUUGUGCAUUGUCAGGCCUCAGGCGCUCCUCCAGCCCCAUCAGGUCCGAGGUGACCCCCCGGGCACAGCUCACUAGUUCCUCCCGCCUGCUGCGCGUGGUGUCACGCUUCAGUGACCUGUACGCCGUGGAGCGCAAGGAGGCCCAGUUACAGCUUCAGCAGUACAUCAGCGACUUGGAGACGGUCCAGAGGAUCAUCUUCAUUGCCGUGGUGGAGUCUUUCAAGACAGCUAAACUGGCUUACCGCCUCUUCAGGCUGCGCGCUCGCAAGACUUUGUCCGCAUUUCACUUUGGGCCCGAGAGUCUAGAAGAUACCAUCUUGGACUACAUAGUAAAAAACCAGGACCUUUAUGACGUGCAGACCAGCGUAGAUGAUGUACUCAGCGCCAUGAACCUGAAUCCUCAAAUCGCCUCCAACGCAAAAGCCAACCUUGACAUCAUCAGCCCCUUGAUUAGGGAGGCAUGCAAGGUGGCCUUCACCAUGCAGACGCUGGACCCACCCCUCUACCUGCACUUCGCCAGUGACGGAGAACAUUUCAUCAGCAGCAAGUAUCGUCGCAGUCAUGACUCGGACCUCUCUUCUCAGUGUGUCAUGUACCACAUCUGGCCCGCUCUGAUGCAGGGCAACACGGUGCGGACCAAGGGGGAAGCUGUGACCAGAGGAGCAGCUCUGUGGAGUGGCCCCGGCAACAGCUGCGGAGUCAACAAUGUGCGAUCGCGUUCUCUCAGUCCAACUCGCUCUCUUAUAUUUAAGGACGGAAGAAGCUUGUCUCCGGAUGCUCUGUCUGCCAGCUGCUUGUGACCAUCACCAUCAUGUGUACUCAAAUCCGAUUCAACUGAUGUGUUUACAUCUGUGCUCCCAACGAGGUGUCUCCACCCAUGACUGGACACCACCACGCUGAUGGGCCAGCAGGCGGAGGCCACUGCAUUAAAGGCAGCUACGUGAACAGCUAUACGACAAGUACAGUCCUCAGUUUAUGACUGUGAACAUCAACUAAGGACACACUUUAGCGAUUUGAUGACUUGGUGCUAAUAAUGAUAAUCGUCCUCCAGUAUCGCUUGAUUCGUUGAUUAAUCGUUCUUAGUGGUUUUAUUUUGUCUCCAUUGCAGAUGUAUAUAAAUAGUUUGUACUGUGUAUGCUCGCUUUAUUUGUUUUUGUCUUUUUUUUAAUUAGAAUUUUUGCAAAGUAACUUUAGUUUUGUAUGAUUGUCAUUUAUGAGACGACCGUACUCUUUGCAGCAGAUGUAACAUUGGCUUGUAUUCAAGUUAGAAUAUUUGCAGCACUUUUGUCAAUUGUUUAUUUUUGCAGUGU